AUGAAGACGGCAAAGCCGCCUGCUGCGGGCACUGAGGCUUCUUCGAGCCGUAGAUCGCAGCCUGUGCGCCAGACUAGAACGAAUCCGCCGCGAACGACAGCCGGCUUGAAUCGAAGCUACUCGAGGGACUCGCUCGCUGGCGGCCCUGCGCACGACCAGCCCAUCGAGAUCUUCCCUGCUGUUACACACUUCGCCGAUGCUAUUACGGCUCUCCCGAAAGAGCUGGUUAAGCACUUUACGCUCUUGAAGGAGGUCGAUGCCAAGGUCCACUUGCCCGAACAAGGACUGUUCCAGCUUGUCGACGCGGCCCUCAGCGCACCAACCCCCGAUCCAUCGCGGCCAGUCAAUGAUGGUGCAAGCAGCAUCGCGCCAGCAUCAGCUCCAAUGAGUGUUCAAAAUAGCUCCACCGGAGUGCCUCUUCCUCCGGGUGCACUGAUCGAGGAACAAACCAACCCGUCUGUUUUCGACCUCAGCAACUUGCCGCGUCGGCAGCUAUUCCGACAAGCAGCGUUUGACAUCAAAGAAAUGCUAGUAGCGCUUGAAGAGAAGAAUCACGUCAUUUCCACGGCGAACGAAGCUCUUCAUAAGCAGCUCGGUCGGAUUGACGAGGUCUGGCCGUUCCUGAUGGACGAGUUCAGCGACGAGGCGAAGUGGGGGAGUAUUACACAUUGGGCCUAUGCUGAGAACCGAGCUGCUCGCGCAAGCAAUGCUCAGACCGAGCGCUCACGCCGCGAGGGCGCGGCCAGUCUAUCCGCCGCUGCGCAAGCGAUAGCCGAGGAAGCUGCCGCACGCAGCGAUGCGAGGAAACAAGCUGUGGCUGCCAAGAGGGGCAUCAAGAACCAGCAGCAUCAGGAUUCAGACUUCGAUGAUCACGACGGUAAACAAAAGGGCGAUGGGGCCAAGAAAUCCGGGACGAGCAAAUCGCGGAAAGCUCCUGCGCAGUCAAGCGCAGCGACUGCUGGCCCCGGGUCUCAUAACACGAAUGCCGAGCCCAAUCCAGCUCCGAAACGUCGCAAGGUUGAGAAGACUACCAAUGGCAAUGGGCCCGCAGACAAGGCCUUGAGCACCGUGUUUGGUAACAACGCAGCCAAAGCUAAGCCCAACAGCCCACGCUCAACACCUGCUCCCGACGGCGCUCCAAAGAAGCGCAAGGCCCUCCCGACCAGUGGAAAUCAGGCCAAGAAAAGAAACCCUCCCGCCACAACCCCUUCUGCGACAUCUUCUCCCGUUAUCGGCGCUUUCCCCGACAAGGCGCCUGUUGGACGAGCUUCGCCGGCACCCUCUGCUACCGGAAGGCCAGCUUCGUCCCGAGCUAGGCAAAACUCUACGCAAUCGAAUGUUGAUGUUGCGCGACAACGGCCAUCUUCGGCAGCCUCCAACAAACCGAAUGGCAAUGGUUCCAUACUCCCAGAACUUGCACCUAACGGUAGCCGUGCUGCGAGCGAGAACAAAGUGGCUAAGGAGAUCAGUGCUGCUCCCAAAGUCGAUGAGCCCAAACCCGAAAUCGAGCCGCCGGCACCAAAGCCUCCCGUGAACCCGCCUAACGAAAAGAAGGAGGCGCCUGCGAAGGUUGACGAAGUUGAGACGAAGAAGGAGCCCACCCCCACAGUACCGACUGCGCAGACUGUCACAACCAAAAGCGGGAGGGCCAGCAAGCCAUCCACGCCGGCGCUGGCGACAUUCGCCGAGGCCUCCCGGUCCCGUCCCUCGAGGAGCGGAGAGAAUGGCGCCGCCCCCAAGAGGAGCCACAAGAAAGGCGCAUCUGCGGCCGCUGCAGCACAGGCCCUUGCAGCCCAGCUUGCUGACGAGAGCGCCAGCAGUAGCCGUCAAGAGGAGGAUGAUGAGGAAGACCCCCUAUACUGUUACUGCAACGGCGUGAGCUACGGCGAGAUGAUUGCGUGCGAUGCGGAUGACUGUGCCAAGGAGUGGUUCCAUCUGGAGUGUGUCGGGCUGAAGGUUGCGCCCAAGGGUAAUACGAAAUGGUACUGUGAAGACUGCAAGAAGCGGCUCAAGAUUGGGGACCGCAAAUCGAGUGUGCGAUGA